AGAUAAAUAUGAAACGGAUUAUAGCAACAUUUUUUCUAAUUCUUGUUUAUGGAGCAAGCGCCAUCGAAGAGGGAAGCAUACGGAUAAUAUUUGGUUCUUCUGGCAUAUUCCAAAUUUAUCACGAUAAAAAAUGGGGAGGAAUAUGCGCUGAUAACAUUUCAAAAGACGACAAGUCUCUCGCCAACGUCGCCUGUCGUAUGGCCGGUUACAAACGAGCACGGAGUCACAUGUUUUUCUCUCAUAUGGACCUCAUGCCGAUGGUGUUGCAAAAUGUUUCAUGUAACGGUAAUGAGAGGAAUAUUGACCAGUGUCAACGCGUCAUAUUCGGAGAGUACAGUUGUAAUAGAGCGUAUGGUGCUAACUGCCAUGGAAAAUCUUCAGAACAUGUCUGUGGGGGAAGAGUGUGUGAUGAUGAAGAUAAAUUCUGCUGCAACGAUGGGUUUUCGAACUUUUAUUGUUGCGAUGAAAUUGAGCCGACAACAACCUCGAAAUCAGAUUUAACGCCAUAUAGCACAUCAACCAUCAGUUGGAGUCACGGAACUAAUUUUAGGCUAAGUAUUUGGUGGACAGUUUGCAUUGCUUUAGCAAUUUUCGUGGCUAUCGCAUUUGUUGUCUGUCGACUAAGAAGAAGAUCACGUAGAUUGCAUCAAAAUACUCAAAGCAGAACUACAGAAAGGCAUAAUACAUCAUCAAGAUCAACUAGUUCUACUCAAUAUGAAGGUCGCGUGAACAGAGCUUUAGAUCUUCCAUCAGAUACGCCACCUGAAUAUGCAUCGAUAUCAAAAUAUGAGUGCAAUUUUUCAGUACAGCCACCCCCGUAUCCUGUUUCAAAGCCAUCUUCUGAACCUCCACCUCCACCAUAUACCGUUUCGCACACCGAAAAUGCUUGAUUUAAACUUAUGUUAUGCUUUUGUAUAAUCUAAGUGCCUAAUGCUGUGCUUUAAUGUAUAAACUGUAAAAUAAUAUAAUCAAUUGACUUAUCGAUAUAGUGUUGACUCAUAAAUAUUUUUAUAUAUAUAUGUGGUAGCCAAUAUGUUGCACCACGUGGUGUUAUUGUUUUUUUUCGUAUUUUCAAAUACGAGUUUUGCUUUCAAAGACAGAAAUUCUGUGGAUAUCUGCAUAUAUAUAUGAUGAACAGAUAAAACAAAAUCAAUUUGGAUACAAAAGAAAAACAUUAGACUUCAAUGUCGCAUUUCAACGUAAAACCGCAAACCGAACAUAAAAAUGUCUAUUUGAUAGGUUUUAUCAGUUUCGUUAAAACUAAGCAACCAACUUUGAGGUGUGAAAUGUGUGUAUCA